UUGCUGAGAAUGCACUUAAAAAGAAGCCAAAUCAAGAAAAUGCUUAUAAUGUCUUUGGCAAUUUUCGAAUGAGCACGAAUAAAGGAAUCUGUUCGAAAGCCAAUUUUUUCUUAGGACACUGCUAUGAAAAUGGGUUUGGAUGUAAAUCAAAUAAGGAACCUGCUUUAUUUCAUUUAGG